AUGAUUGUCGAGCGCAAAGUCAGGCUCGUCACCGAGCAGAACGUCAUUGACAAACCCUCCCCCGUUGAAGACUUUCCCAUGCGAAAAUGGUCCAUCGUGAUCUACAUAGUUGGCGAGGACGGUGAGGAGCACCCGGCCGAUUGCUUCCAGAAGGUUGUCUACAACCUGCACCCAUCCUUCGAAAACCCAACGCAAACUUUCACCAAGCCUCCCUUCCGAUGCGAGAACGAGGGAUGGGGUGAAUUCGACAUGACGAUCGACUGCUACAUCACCGAAAAAUCGAAGCAGACCCUUAGCCACGACCUGAAUUUUGCAAAGAACCGUUACGACGCCGAGCACACCGUCUCGUUCAAGAACCCGUCGCAGGCCUUGCAGCAGAUUCUGCGCGAGACUGGUCCUCUUCCGUCCGACGACGACCGCCUCAAAAAGAAGGGUGGUGCCGGUAAGAAGGGUGCCCAGAAGUACGACUACGAGAAGAUUGCGCAGGCUUUGGAGAAGCUUGAUGAGGAUGAUCUGCUCCGCGUCAUCCAAAUCAUCAAUGAUAAUAAGACUGCGGACACAUACAUCAAGAGUGAUGUCGAUGCGGGAGAGUUUUCCAUCGAUCUGUAUACGAUGUCGGAUCAGAUGACCAAGCUCCUGUGGGAGUACUUGAGCAAGAAGGGCCUCGUCACUUAG